AUGUUCGCGAGCGCGUCGACCGGUCGUCGACGUAGCGCGUCUCGUGUACAUGACGGCCGCGUGUCGCAGUCGCCGCUGCUCGGGGAUCCGAAGCGCGGGGUACCGACGGACGUACCCUCCAGCGGGUACGCGGACCACAGCCCUAGAAAUGCCCUCGAGAGCCACCGGACUACUGCGUGUAGCGGUCGAGAACCCAAUGUCGACACUGUACCUCUACAAAGUACAGAAAGUGACGACGACAGCUGUGACGAUCUGUCGCAGUGGUCGAUGGUGGAGUUGCAAGCGCAGCUCGAAGCUGAGCACUUGUCCGUCGAAGGUUUGAAUCCGUACGUGGAGCAGCUGCACGAAGAAGAGGAGUGUGCGGUCGACGACGCGCUGUUGGACGACGACGAAGACGAUGACGACGAGAUGUUGGACGACAGUCGUUCUGAUCGAGCGCUCGCGGGUGCGUUUGCCGAGUGGGAGAACCCGUCGUAUAUGGUGAAAGAUCUGGACACGGGCGAGAGCUACCGCGUCGAGGAGAUUGACCAGCAGUUUACGCUCGUUACGCUUGACGCAGUUGCGGCUCAGCACGAGCACAAGGAUGAAAACGAUCAAGGACCGGCACAAACAGCAAAGUCACGGUCGUCGUACUUGUUGUCUGUGUAUACGGCCGACGAGACGGCGGACAUUGAGAUCGAAGACCACUCGUUGGCGCAUGAUGACGAGAGGAAGACGAGGGGUGGCUUCACGCGCGCUCGAAGUUCAAACAUGUUGGCGAUCUAUGCGCCUUGCGACGAGCUACUGACUGGACCAUCUGUGACGUGCAAGUAUGAUGCCUGCACGGAGGUGCAUCAGCGAGUGUCAGGGUAUUGUGCCGAGCACGAGAUGAUUGCGAGGGAAGAAGAAGACUCGAGGGCACAGGCGCUGUACUUGAUCCCUUACGGUGCACGUGCGGAACUUGUCAAGAUUGGCAGCCACGGGUUCGCGUACGAUGUAUCGGAUCGACUGUAUACCGUGUAUGCGAUUGAGAUGCGCUGUGUGCAGUCAGGUGCAACGUGGGUCAUCUACCGCCGGUAUCAGCAGUUCAAGGAGCUGAAUGACCAAUUGCGCCCGAUGGGAGUGCGCGUUCCGUUGUUGCCUCCCAAGAAGAUGUUGGGCUCAUUCGAGCCAGAGUUCAUUGCAAAGCGGCAGAGCGAGCUGUCGAAUUGGCUGCAUUGUCUGCUGAACUAUGACCGGGUGGACCAGUCAGCAAAGAAUCCUCAUUUGGUCGAUGAGGUGCGCAAGUUCUUGACCAGCAAAGCCGACCAGCCACCGCUGCUUCUAGACAGGUUGCCACUGAAGCGCUCACGGUUCUACGGCGCGUCCCUUGCCGACGACGAAGACGAUGGAUCCGGGGGAUCAGCUACUGGCAAACAGAGCGUCACGCUUCAGGAUUUCAAGAUGAUCCAAGUCAUUGGUCGGGGCUCGUUCGGCAAAGUCGUGCUUGUGAAGCACAGAGCGACCAACACACUGUACGCGAUGAAGAUCCUGUCCAAGGAGAACAUUGUGAAGCGCAAGCAGGUGGAACACACCCGUACCGAGCGCCGCGUGCUUGGCUGCACGCGACACCCUUUCAUCGUCGGGCUCCAUUACGCGUUCCAGACCGCUCGGCGCCUGUACUUUGUGCUGGACUACUGCCCCGGCGGCGAGCUGUUCUACCACUUGUCUCGCAUGAAAAAGCUUCCCGAGCACAUGGCAUGUUUUUACGCAGCCGAGAUCACGCUGGCCCUCGAGCACUUGCACGGCCUCGGGGUGGUGUACCGCGACCUCAAGCCCGAGAACAUCUUGCUCACAAAGGACGGACACAUCAAGUUGGCCGAUUUUGGCCUUGCAAAAGAAGGCAUUCGCGAAGGAGCGAACGGCACGAACUCGCUAUGUGGAACGCCCGAGUACCUUCCGCCCGAGAUCCUCGACCGCAUUGGCCAUGGCACAGCAGUAGACUGGUGGAACUUGGGCAUGGUCCUGUACGAGAUGCUCACGGGUCUGCCGCCGUGGUACACGAACGACCGCAAGAAGCUCUUUGAGCGGCUCCGCUCCGCGAGGCUGCAUUUCCCGCCGUACAUAUCCCGUCGAGCUGAAGCGCUCAUUCGGCAGCUGUUGAAUCGAAACCCGGCCGAGCGUCUCGGUUCAAAAGGCGCGCAGUGCGUCAAGAAUCACCUGUUCUUCGAGGGCGUCGACUGGACAACAGUGGCCCUGCAGCAGGUCACGCCUCCGUUUCGGCCGUGUCACUCGGCCAUGACCGACGGCGACGCUCCACGGAAUUUCGAGGCCGAGUUCACGCGUCUGCCUCUGCCAAGUGCAGACAAUGCCGCGACCAGUCCGUACAGCGGUCGCGGCACGCGCUCGCGACGGGACUCGGACACGUUCAAGGGGUUUACCUACGAGAGUCCUGGGUACCUCGAGUCGGUCGCGAAGAAAGAAGAGGACGGGUGA